AUGGGUAGCAUAUCUGAAGCUCCGCUCGUUGAGAUCCCUAUCAUCGACAUAUCCGGCUACCUCGCAGGCGACCCUGAAGCCAAAAGGAAGGCAGCAUCGGAAUUUCGUAGCGCCUGCGAGAACCAGGGCUUCCUGCAAGUUGUAGGACAUUCCGUGCCAACAGAUGUCCAAGAGCGGUUUCUGUCUGCAAUCGCCAGAUUCUUUGCGCUUCCGUUGUCAGAGAAACAGAAAGUCUCACAGGAGAAGUCGAAAUGUUACCGUGGCUAUGAACGCAUUGGCGGGCAAAAGCUCGAUGAACUCGAUACGUCCGCCACGCCCGACCAGAAGGAAGGCUUCUCGGUCAGACCAGAGCGGGCUCUCGGCCGUUUUUUGCAAGGACCAAAUCAAUGGCCAGAGAAUCUGCCUGGCUUCAAGGAGGCCUACAUGGAAUAUUUCAACUCUGUGCACCAGUUGUCCAGAUCAGUCUUCAGGUUGAUGGCGCUAUCGCUCGAUCUGCCCGAGGACCAUUUCGACGCCUUUGCAUCCGACCCAGACGGACUAUGCCUAUGUCGAUCUCACCAUUAUCCUCCUACACCUCCGGACAUGGCGGGCAGGACCCGAGGAGUCGGCGCUCACACCGACUUCGGUGCCUUGACUCUUCUUCUCCAGGACGACAUUGGCGGGCUGGAAGUUCUGCACAAGCGGACAGGCACAUGGCAUCACGUCCCUCCCGUCAAAGGGGCCUAUGUCUGCAACAUUGGUGACCUUAUGCAGAGAUGGACCAACGACCGAUAUAAAUCGACCAUGCAUCGCGUCAUCUCGCCAUUGAGCGGCAAGGACAGGUACAGCUGCGCUUUCUUCAACGACGGCGCCCUGGACACGAUUGUUGAAUGCUUGCCCACUUGUAUCAAGCCUGGCGAGAAGCCGUUUUACGGACCUUUGAAGGUGGAAAAGCACAUCGUCGAGAGAUACGUGCAGAGUUACGGUGCCGGAGGAACUGUCUUGGUGGCUUCAUGA